AAUGAAGUUGCCUGUUGGAGGGGAUAACUUUAAAGAGCGGCAGAUCUUGUGACAGUUUGCUCUUUAACAACUCUCCCCAGCACCCUGCACCCAGCACCCAACACGCAGAAAGGGUGGAGGGGUAAGAGGUUGCUGCUGUAUAAGAAAAAAAAGCAAAGAAGAAAAAAAAAACACCUACAGCUGCUGCCCAAGAGGUGCAAAGAGGAGGAAACAGCGCCCAGCACAAAGGCCAGCAGUUAGCGACUGGAGCACAGAAAGAGCUCCCUGGGCAGAAGCCAUGGCCUGGCCACCUUACCGCUGGCUGUGGGUUCUGGCGACUCUGGCAGGGCUUUCAGCUACCCCAGGCCCCAGGAGCUGCCCAGAGAAGCACUACUGGGCUCAGGGAAGACUGUGUUGCCAAAUGUGUGAACCAGGAACAUUCCUCAAGAAGCACUGUGAUGGGAACAGAAAGGCUGCUCAGUGUGACCCAUGUAUACCAGGGAUCUCCUUCUCACCAGACCACAACUCCCGACCCCACUGUGAGAACUGCCGGCACUGUAACUCUGGUCAUCGCAUUCGAAACUGUACCCCCACUGCCAACGCUGUGUGUGCCUGCCCCAAGGGCUGGGAGUGCAGGGACGAGGAGUGCACUGAGUGUGAUCCUGCUCCAAAGCCCUCGCAGACCCCUCAUCUACUGCAGGCCCCAGGCCCACACCCACACUCCACCCACUUACCUCACACUGGAAAGAUGCUGGAGGCCAGGACAGCCAGGCACAAGCAGACUCUGGCUGACUGCAGUCCACCUGCCCCUGCUCUCUCAACUCAAUGGCCACCCCAGAGGUCCCUGUGCAGCUCAGAUUGCAUCCGCAUCUUUGUGAUCCUGUCUGGAAUGUUUCUUGUUUGCACCACGGCCGGAGCCCUGUUCCUCCAUCAACAAAGAAAAUAUGGACUAAACAAAGGAGAAAGUCCAGUGGCGCCUGCUGAGCCUUGUCCUUACAGCUGUCCCAGGGAGGAGGAAGGUGAUGCCAUCCCCAUUCAGGAGGAUUACCGAAAACCUGAGCCUGCUUCCUACCUCUGAGCUGGCACUCCCCAGAGUGGGGUCAUCACUGCAAUAAAGGCCUAGCCUCCAUCACCCCCCACCGACUACCCAAAGGCAAUGAGACCCAGGACCCCCAAUUUCAGUACCAUGCUCUCAUCAGGACCCUUUCCUGAGUGCAGACUUGAGAAAGUGCCUUUCAAGACUGGCAGAGACAAGGGAGGUGGAGGGUGGAAAGCAGGAUGUGUUCUGGCCCAGCCAGCUUCACCUCCGUGCCGGAGUUCCAGCUGUAAAACACACAUCAGCCUACAGAAGCCCCAUGUGCUGGAUCUAGAAAGUCAGCAAAAUAAAGUGACAGACUGCCACACACAGCCUCUCUGAAAUUCCAACCUCACAAAGCAGGCCACUCCCAGCCUCAUCUCCAAGGGAGGAGCUUUCUCCGAAGCUGACUUGUGAUGGGGCCUGCCCAA